GUUUUAUUCGUAGAACAUUACAGCCUCGUUUUCAAGCGCAAUUAAUUUGGACGGACAACAAAUUAAAUUUCUACAAAUAUGCCUGCCAUAAAGUUAAAAAAGGUAACUGCAGAGUAUUUGGCAGAGAAAGAAAAGGAAGAGAAAUCAAAGGAGAAAACCAAGAAGAAUCUAGAAGAUGUUGCAGAUGAAGAAAAUGCUGCAAAAGAAGAAGCUAAGAAAGAUGAAGAAGAAGACUCUAAAUCUCGCAAUUUCCUUGAAGUAGAGAUCUUAUACGACAAAAGGAAGAGGACUCCUCCAGUGGUUGAGCAGAAACUGCUUGAUUGGUUAGAUUCAAAUCUUGUGAAGAAGGAGGAUGUUACUCUGCCAUUACUUACUCUUUAUGAAUAUUAUUCUGAGGUGUGCCAGAUGCAGGGAGAAAAUGUGGUGGACGUUCCAGUCUUUAAUAGGUAUGUGCGUGAAAAAUUUGGAAAAACUUUGGGUUUUCAAGAGAAUUCUCCAUAUCGAGUGUUGAUCAAAGAACGCAAAAUCCAAGAAAGGAAGCCUAAAGUUCAAGGUGAAACUCUGCAGAUAAAGAUUAGAGAUAUCAUCAUCAAUGUCAUCAAUGAACUUGGCAACUUUCACAAAGGACUGAGGUUUCAUGCAAUUAGUAGGGCAAUUAUUCAGAAAUACCCAGCUCAGAGAGUUGAUCUGUACCCAAACAAACUGAAGAAAGCUCUUGAGAGAGGUGUCAUGGCUGGAUAUCUAGAAAAUGUGAAGGGUGUAGGUAUGUGCGGCUACUACAGGGUACCAGGGGAGCCAACUAAAGAGGAUCCCGAUGAGAAGAAAGACAAGAAGAAGAAAGAAAAAACAGGAGCUGGAGAGGAGAAAGCAGGUGAAGGAGAAGAAUCUAAACAGAAUGGUGAGGCAGGGGAUAGUGAGGAGAAGUCAACAGAUGAUGAGAAAAAAACUGAAGAUAAAACUGAAGGGGAAGAGGGUGCAGAGGGCAAGGAGGAUGAAACCAAACCCGAAGCUGAGAAAAAGCGCAAGAAGAAAUCUAAAAAGAAAAAGAAGAAGCCUUUAGAGAAAUGGGCAAGAAGUGCAUCCAAGCAUAGCGAUCCUGAGAAAGUUGAAGAUGUGUUCCCACUUGCCAUUACUUACCAGAGUGACCCUAAAGAGGCUUCAGGAGGCAAAAUCAAGUCAUACAUUGGAAAGUACUACUUCAAGGAUAUCAGCAAUGAUAAACUGAAGAAAGCUUUGGAUAAAGGGGUAGAGGAUGGGAUGUGGGAACUGACGUCUGGUUUUUCACCAACAGGACGAUACCACCUGUUGAUCGAGACAUUCAAUCCAGGUCGAAGUGAUAAUCUCAAGGACCAGAUAGCUCAAGCCUUAGUUGCCUGUCAUGAACCUAAACAAGCAUCUGCAGGUCUCAUCAAGAAAUACAUUACAGAGUACCAUUCAAAACUAAAUGUUGAAGCUAGACCACAUCUCUUCAAAAAUGCUCUGGAAAAAGCUUGUGCUAAAGGCACUUUGAGGCAACUGUCUGGUAUCGGAGCAACUGGAACAUUCCAGUUAGCAGAUCCAUUUUUUCCAUCUCCAGCAAUUCUUGCUGGUGACUCCUCAGAUGAAGAAGAUCUAGAGGAUGAUGAUUCAGAUGAUGAGCAAGCUGAAUAUGUUCCACGUCCAACAAAGAGGGGUAGAAUGGCACCGAAGCCCAAACCAAGGCAAGCCCCGGUUCCAGCACCAAAAAGGAGCAAACCAAGAUCUAGGUCGGCUCCUCCAAAGAAAAGUGCUCCUAGAAAAGGGAAGGAGAGGAAUUCAAAGUCAAAGUCUCCAAAAUAUUAUGAAGUAACCUCUGAGAGUGAAAGUGAGGUAGAGGAAGAAGUGGAAUAUACACCAAAACAGAGCAAAGGCAGAGGUGCUGUGGCCACACCAGCCAAGAAGGCGGCACCAGUACAGGAAGUUAAGAGUACAAGCAAAAGUAGAGGGAAAACAGUUCCAAAAUCAGACAAAAAACAGUCUGGAAAACCUAGGCGUGCAGCUGCAAAAUCUCCAGCUAUUGUUGAUGUUUCUGAUGAUGAAUCUGAUGCUGAAGAAGUUGCACCUGCAGAGUACACGCCACGGCCAAGCAUGUCUAGAGGGGGUGGAAGUAGUGGACGGCAGGCUGCCACUCCAAAAUCUACAUCAAGACGCUCAGCAAAACGAAAAUUAGUACAAGAAUCUGAUGCUGAUGAUGAUGAUAGCGAUGUUGAAUCACCUCCACCAAAGAAGCAGAGAGGUAAACCAACCAAGGAAAGUAAGGAAAAGGAAGAUGAAGUUGAAGAAAGUGAAGAAGAAACACCACCACUAAAGAAACAGAGAGGUAAACCAACCAAGGAAAGUAAGGAAAAGGAAGAUGAAGUUGAAGAAAGUGAAGAAGAAACACCACCAUCAAAGAAACAGAAAGGAGGACCAAAUAAAGCAGCGAGUGCAGGCAAAGCUCAAACGCCAAAAUCAUCAGGAAAAAGAGGAAAGCGUAAACGAUAAAUUUUACGUUAACUUUACAUAUUAUCGUUCUAAAAGUUCUCCAUACAAAUACAAAAGAGAGAUUUGUUUUAAGAAUUGUUUUGACAUUUGAUGUCAUUUAGAAAUUUUCAAUUAUUAUGUGAAUUCAUUGUAUUGGACAUUUUUCUCAUAUAAUUAUGUAUGUGGUAAAAAGAAGUGAAUUGUGUUCAUUAUGAAACUUUGUUGUAAUUAAUUAAUGUUGUUGAUAUAUGUUCCUAAUUCGCUUUUUAAGCAUUUUUUGUAUGUAUUUACUAUUAUUUUUAUGCUAGAAUGAAACUUAACAAUUUUUUUAUCACUAAUUCUGAAGGAUCCCCAGAUAAUGGUUGUUUUAGAUAGAGUAAAUAAGUUGGUUGCACAGAAGCAAACUGUUUAAAGGGCAUUACACAUUAUAAACUUCUUAAAUUCUUUACAUAUUUCUAAAUAAAAUGCCUGUAUUUAAUUCAAACAUUUCUUAAAAUUUAUAUAAGGAGUAGUCUGAGCAGAUGUUGGAUGUAUUUUUUCUUUUGUAUCUUUGAUGAACGUUUUAUUAUGCAUACUUUUUUUCCAAACAUAGAAAGAAUCUCGGUAUGAAGUCUUAGGAGUUUCCAGAUAUCCAAAUUUCUUUAUAUUUAGUUAAAGCUGAAACUUGCGUAUUAAGUACUCCUCCAUGGUAGAGUUAGAAUGUUAAGAAUACAAAGCAGUUCAGUUUAUAUUAUUUGGAGAGUUUUCCUGUUAAAAAUUAGUUUAAGAAACUGAAACACAGGUGUUAUUAUGUCUCCCACCACACAGUGGUGUGGGAGACAUAUUGAUUAACUCCAGUCUGUGUGUGUGUCUGUCACAAAGCUUGUCCGCACUAAGUCGAACAUUUCUCAUCCGAUUUUCACCGAACUUGAACAAAAUGUGUUUGACCAUAAGACCUCGGCCAAGUUCAAUAACUAGCCAAAUCGGUCCAGGCGUCUUGGAGUUAUGGCCCUUGAAUUACCAAAAAUCGGUCUUUUUACUCUUGUCCGCACUCUAAUUCGAAUAUUUCUCAUCCAAUCUUCACCAAACUUAAACAAAACAUGUUUGACGAUGAGGCCUCAGCCAAGUUCGAUAACUAGCCAAAUCGGUCCAGGCAUUUUGGAGUUACGGCCCUUAAAUUAUCGAAAAAUUGGCCUUUUUACUCAUGUCCGCACUCUUAAUCGAACAUUUCUCAUCCGAUCUUCACCAAACUUGAACUAAAUGUGUUUGACCAUGAGACCUCGGCCAAGUUCGCUAACUAGCCAAAUUGGUCCAGGCAUUUUGGAGUUGCGGCCCUUGAAUUAUCGAAAAAUCGGCCUUUUUACUCUUGUCCGCACUCUAAGUCGAACAUUUCUCAUCCGAUCUUCACCAAACUUGAACAAAAUGUGUUUGACCAUGAGACCUCGGCCGAGUUCGAUAACUAGCCAAAUAGGUCUAGGCAUUUUAGAGUUACGGCCUUUGAAAUACCGGAAAAAUCCGUCUGUUUACUCUUGUCUGCUCUCUAAGUCGAACAUUUCUCAUCCGAUCUUCACCAAACUUGAACGAAAUGUGUUUGGCCAUAAGACCUUAGCCAAGUUCGAUAACUAGCCAAAUCUGCCCAGGCACUUUUCAUUUAUGGCCCUUGAAUUACUGAUUGGAUCCACUCAUCCAGACCAUCUAAUUUGAUCCACUCGUCUAAAACAUUUAGAGAAACUAACAUUUUUCAUCAUCUAAAGGGCAGUUGUGGGAGACAUGCGCUUUUCUCAAAAGCAUCUCUAGUUUUCUGGGUGUUUUAGUCCCUGAAAUCUGAGAGAAUGAACCAUUCAGAACUGUAUUUUUAUCUUUUGUACAAGGUUUUGCUACUUAAUAUGUCAACAGUACUGUUGCUGGCAAUAAAAAUAAUUUAAAUUUUAAUUUUAUGCUACAUUAACGUAUUAGUCAUUUUUAAGCAUUUUACAGGAAUUCUACAGCAGUGAAUGCAUUAGACUUUAUCAGAUACGCUCAAAAAGGCAGCAUGCAUUUAUCAUUACAUUUUUGUCAUUUAUGAAUUUCAUUCAUUUUUUCACAUAGAGCAUUUUGGGACAGUAUUUCAUAUUCUUGUUUAUAAGCACAUGCCUGAUGUUAUACACAAACUUUUUCUUACACAAAGAUAUUAUGUUCAGUCAUUAUCACAUUUCUGUCUCCUGUGGAAGUUUCUGUGACUUAGGCAUCAAGGGAAAGAAUUAGUGCUUGCACCAUGUGACAACUUGCUAUAAUACCUCUGGCGUGUGUGAAGAUUAAGUUAAUACUGAUAGCAAAUGAAGCAACUUUCAUGGUCGGAAUUAAGAUUUGAUUGAAAAUUUGUGUAAACAUAAACUCUCCACAAAUCUCAUGCAAAUCUCGAGACAAUUGAAAGGUUGAUGUAAAGUGUCAUAAGUAUUUUUUCAUGUUAGAAACAAGGACUAUUUGCCAUAAUACUAGAGGAAAGAAUUUGUCAGUACUAAUUAAAGCCUCUGAGAAAUUGAUUUUUAAAAACUCCUGCAUGAAAUGUAAAUAUUGUAUUUUUUGUCUAAAUCAAAAUCAUUUUUGAUUUGUCAUCUGUUUUGUAUGCUAUAUGCGAGUGUCUGCUGAGAAACGUUGUUUUUUUUUAAUUGUAUAUGAAAACCUUGUGACUGACAGUGAUGUGUGGGAUAUGCUGUGGAUUCUGUGGCAAUUUAAACUGAAUACAUGUCAAUUUUGGGAUAACUCUGACUAAAUACAUGCAAAUUUUGUGAUGAUUUAGACUAGAAAUAUGAGAAGUUUGGGACCAUUUAAACAGAAUACAUGCAAAUUGUUGUGGUGAUUUAAAUUGAAUACAGGUACAUGCGAAUUUUGUGGUAAUUUAAACAGAAAACAUGAAAAUUUGGGGACAAUUUAAACAAAAUGCAUGCAAAUUACUUUGGGGUGAUUUUAACUAGAUGCAAAUUUUUGGACAAUUCCAGCUAAAUAUUUUCGAAGCAAUUUUUUGCAUUCAUUGCAUCCAAAGAAUAAUGUGAUAGCAGUCUACAAUCUCUAUUCUGUAGCAUAUCUCCUACACUGAACAUGCUUUAAAAAAUAUUGUUGCUUUAUUUUAUGUUUGUGAAAGUGCAAUGUUAUUAUCAGAAAAUGCAGUGAAUUUCAACCUUUUUAGCUCACCUGUCACAAAGUGACAAGGUGAGCUUUUGUGAUCGUGUGUCGUCCGUCUGUGCGUAAACUUUUGCUUGUGACCACUCUAGAGGUCACAUUUUUCAUGAGAUCUUUAUGAAAGUUGGUCAGAAUGUUCAUUUUGAUGAUAUCUAGGUCAAGUUCGAAACUGGGUCACGUGCGAUCCAAAACUAGGUCAGUAGGUCUGAAAAUAGUAAAACCUUGUGACCUCCCUAGAGGCCAUAUUUUUCAAUGGAUCUUCAUGAAAAUUGGUCAGAAUGUUCUUGAUGAUAUCUAGGUCAGGUUUUAAAUUGGAUCACGUUCGGUCUAAAACUAGGUCAGUAGUUCUAAAAAUAGAAAAUCCUUGUGACCUCUAUAGAGGCCAUACUUUUCAUGAGAUCUUCAUGAAAAUUGGUCAGAAUGUUCACCUUGAUGAUAUCUAGGUCAAGUUCGAUACUGAGUCACGUGCCUUCAAAAACUAGGUAAGUAGGUCUGAAAAAAGAAAAUCUUUGUGACGUCUCUAGAGGCCAUACUUUUCAUGAGAUCUUCAUGAAAAUUGGUGAGAAUGUUAACCUUGAUGAUAUCUAGGUCAAGUUCGAAACUGGGUCAAGUGCCAAAAAAAACACUAGGUCAUUAGGUCAAAUAAUAGAAAAACCUUGUGACCUCUCUAAAGGCCAUAUUUUUCAAUGGAUCUUCAUGAAAAUUGGUCAGUUUUUAUCUUGAUGAUAUUUAGGUCAAGUUCAAAACUGGGUCACAUGAGCUCAAAAGCUAGGUCACUAUGUCAAAUAAUAGAAAAAAAACGAUGUCAUACUCAGUUCAAAACUGGGUCAUGUGGGGACAGGUGAGCGAUUCAGGACCAUCAUGGUCCUCUUGUUUGAAAUAUACAUAGAUAUCAAUAUGUUAUGUUGUUUUGCAAUGUUGUAAAUUAGUACUUGUUUUAAUUUUUAGUAUUUUGAGACUUCAUACUCUUAAUAGGCAUUGACAAAAAUGUUCUUUAAUAGUGGCUAUUAAAUCAGUAUUCUUCUGUUAAACAUACUAUACAUGUAAACAUUAUACCUAGAAUGCCUUUAUGUGUUACACAUGCAUUACAUUAAAUUCAACUGUACAGCAAAUUGGUUCAUGAUGCAUGCUGAUUGUUGAUGUAAGUUAUGUAAAGAAUACUAUGAAAUCAUAUAAUUUCAUUUGCACAAAUUCCAUGGUUUUAGCCAAAAUGGCUCUUUUGUGGGGAUAUGAAUUUGUAAAUUUCAACUUUUUAAAUUAACCCUUGUCAUUGGGACAUGAUUAAUUCUACCUUUGCAACAAGUGUAGAUCAUGAUCAGCUUGCACAUCCUUGCAGUCUGAUCAUGAUCUGUACUGUUUGCCAUUCAGUUGGUAUCUUUUUGGCAUGCAUCCCUUUUAACAGUUAAUGGUACUGUCCAAAUUGAAAAAUAGACGAGUUCAUUAUAGAAAUUUAGCAGGAUAAAGGUUAAUGAAUGGGUAUUUUACUAGUUUGUUGACAUUAUAUUUCAUGGAUUGACCCAGCAGCAAAAUCCACAAAAUUUAGUCUCCAGGAAUAUUAAUGAUUUUGCAGUAGUUUGAAAUCUUCAUUGUUUGAGAUGGAAGAAUUAUAUUAAGAAAUAUGUCUCUGUAAAGUUUUAAGUUGACUAUUUUUCAAAUCUAAUAGUAGAGCUGUUGUAAUCACCCUUUCGCCAGCGUCCGUGUCUGUAUCAUAGAAGGUUAAAGUUGGCAUGUAAGCAGGUUUCUCAGAAAGUACUCGGCCAAAAGCUUUGAAAGGUUACACAUGUCUUCACUAUCAUGACAUGACCUCACAGGACAAGUAAAGUAAAGCUAGCAUUUAUUGUUUCUAACGCUAGCAUUUAUUGUUUCAAAAUUAUGCCCCUUUUUAACUUAGAAUUUCAGGUUAAAGUUUUGCAUGUAAGCAGGUUUCUCAGGCCAAAAGCUUUCAAACUUUACACAUGUCUUUGGCAUCAUGUGGUGAUUACGAGGACAAGUUACAUGACUAUAGUUUUUAUUAUGUUAAAAUUAUGCCCCUUUUUACCUUUUUAAGAUUUGCAUGUAAGCGGGAUUUUCAGAAUCUAUUAGGCAAACUGCUUUUAAACUUCACUAAUGUCUCGACUUCACAGGGCAAAUAAUGUAACUCUAGCUCAUUUAUUUUGUCAAAAUUAUGCCCCUUUUUAUCAUAGAAAUUUUGCAUGUAAGCAUUAUUCUGACCAGAUGUUUUCAGAUUCUCCACAAGUCUUUGGCAUGGGAUGACCUCACUUGGCAAGUUUCAUAACUCUGGCUUACCAUUUAGCAAAAUUAUGUCCCUUUUUCAACUAAGAAAAGGUUGCUGUAACUUUUGUAUGUAAGCUAGUAUUAGGUGGAAGGACUUUGAAUAGUCAAGCAUGCUGUUAUUAGACAGCUCUUGAUAUAGUUUUAUGUUAGCUGUAAGCAUUGUUCUAAUCAUAAUUAGUUUGAGUCUGUCUUUAGUGACUGUAUAAAUGAGGGGAUGUUUUAACUAAUUAAGAUGAUACAGCUUGCUUUAUUUGCCCACUUCCUUUUAUGGAAAAAAUGUAUAUUUUAUAGUAUCUCCACAUAUUCAGGCCUGGUCCUGACUUCAGGCUUUUGAUUGCCAUAAGUUUCCUAUAUAAAAAACAUUUUUGAAUAAAUCCCAGGCCUGAUAUUUCAACUACAAAGGAAAUAUGUUUUGGAGAUCUCUUUUAUUAAAAAAUAACAUAUUGUACCCCCACAACCCUCACCCCUCCCUUGUCUUCACACAUUCUGCAAUAUUCUGGGUAAUACAGUUAAGGAAGUUUUAUGUUUUUUUUUAUUCAUACACAACUUCUAAAUUUGUUAAUUGUUAUAGACAGUAUUUUGAUUAAGAGUGUUGGGCUACAGGUCUCCACUGCCAAAAAUAUGGUUCUUUGUUUUUGAUCUGUUUUUAUCAUGGUUUAUUUGAUCUAGUUUAAAUUUGAAAGGAAAUUCUGUUCAAGUAUUGUUUAAGAGUAUAGAUGUUGUUAGUUUUAGCGGACUGCUAGAUACUAUAUAUGAUAUAAUCGAAAUAAAGCAUUAUUUCUA